ACACAUACUCUGCAGUCUCCCAGGUGAGUAAACAGUGUGUUGCUGUACUUUGGAGUGGUGGAUCUGUCUUUCCUGCACUGAGUUCAGGCUUUGGCAAAAGCAGACGGACAACUGACAACGACAAGAUGGCCGGAGUUUGUUUACUGACUUUCAUUGCUGGUUUACUGCUGGAGUGGUACGGACUGGCUGCUGAAAUCACAGAGGAAAACACAGGAGCUGUGUUUGUGUCUCAGCAAGUGGCACACACUGUGCUGAUUCGCCAGCGCAGGUAUAACAGUGGCCAUCUUGAAGAAGUACUUUACAAAGACAACCUGGAGCGGGAGUGUAAAGAGGAACUCUGUUCGAUAGAGGAGGCCAGGGAGGUGUUUGAGGAUGAUGAGAAAACUAUGGAAUUCUGGGCCGGGUACAUCGAUGGUGACCAGUGUGAGCCACCCCCCUGUCAAAAUGGAGGUGUGUGUGAAGAUGGAAUCAAUACAUAUGUUUGCUGGUGCAAACCAAACUUCAGCGGCAAGAACUGUGAGAUCGAGGUGGCCAAGCAGUGUUCGGUCAACAACGGUGGAUGUUCCCAUUUCUGUGUGAUGCAGGGGGAGCGAGCCGUGUGUCACUGUGCAGCUGGUUACAAACUUGGGCCAGACAAGAGGAGCUGUGAACCAACAGGACAAUUCAGCUGCGGUUGUGUGAACAACUCCACCUCCGUCACCAGGUCCAUCAUAAACCCACGGUCAUCAAACACAACACACAGCUCUGAAAGAAAACACAAUUCCAGUGACACCCUGCAGGAUGACAUCAAUGUAACACAGCUAUUUGAUUACUACGAACACUUUGAGAAUGACUCAGACCAGUUCAAGAUCUCUGUGGACUCUGCAGUAGAUGUGCGUUCAGUGAAGUCGGAUUCAAACUCCUCUGUAAACAGUGGGGAGGCGAGCAGUGUCACUAAAACAAAAGACCAGCUGCCUUCCUGGGCUUUCCCCACACUGCCCAACAUCACAGAGCAAGUCAACACUGACCAGAGGAUUGUGGGAGGCUACGAGGCCAAUCCUGGAGAGAUACCUUGGCAGGUGUCCCUGAUGGCUCACUCAGCCACCCUUCAUAGAGCGCAGCCUUUCUGUGGAGGAUCUCUGCUCAGUGAAUUAUGGGUCAUCACCGCUGCCCAUUGUUUGAUAGAGACUAAACAGGGUUUCUUCGUCAGAGUGGGUGAACAUGAUGUGAACCUGGAUGAGGGUCCAGAGCGAGACCAUGUGGUGGCAGAGCAGCAUAGCCACCCCUUGUACGAUUACAAGAAGUCGCCGUAUAACCAUGAUAUUGCACUACUGAAGCUUGCCAGUCCAGUGGAACUGUCCAACCAACGGCGUCCCAUCUGCCUGGGCCCCAAAGACUUUAUAGAGAACCUACUGAGGGAGUCCAGCAGCUCUCUGGUGAGCGGCUGGGGGCGGCUAAAGUUCCAGGGCCCUGAGGCUACCAAGCUUCAGAAGCUGCAUGUCCCCUACGUGGAACGCACCCUGUGUAAACAGAGCAGCCGGGACCACAUCACACGCUUCAUGUUCUGUGCUGGCUACCUAAAUAUACAGAUGGAUUCAUGCCAGGGGGACAGCGGGGGGCCACAUGCCACCUUAUACAAAGGCACUUGGUUCCUGACAGGCAUCGUCAGCUGGGGUGAGGAGUGUGCCAUGGACGGAAAGUAUGGCAUCUACACUCGAGUCUCACGGUACUAUUCGUGGAUCAGUCAGACAACAGGGAUCCAUAUUAGCAACUGACAAAUGGAGUCGUGUACAUGUGUAUAAGGAUACCACAGCCAUCAGCCAACAACACAUACAGGAGCAUUUGUCUAGUUUAGCCACUGAUUGUAAAUGUAAUUAAAAUAUCAGAGUAUUUGCAUGUUUCUGUUGAAUUAUUGCAAAAUAAAACCCUGUAGCUCUUCA